UGGGCGGAUGGCCACGCACUAGAAGCAUGGGUGGAACAAGGGGCAAGGGACUAGCAACAAGGGGAGCAUGAAUGACAUGGAGCAAGCCUGGAGCAUAGUGAAUGGAGAAAUGGAGAAAUGGAGAACCGGUCAAUCCUCCCCUCCAUGCCCUAGGACCCAUGCUCACUGCCCCAUGUCUCCUGUCCCCCUUCAUCCUUGUGCCAACAAACGCCGACGGCACGUCCCUUGUCUAUCCUUGCUGUUUUGGAGAGGAAGGGGGAGGGGGUGCGGUAUGUGGUGGUGGUGGUGGUGGUGGUGGUGAUGAUGAUGAUGACGAUGAUGAUGAAGAUCUGUGUAUUGUCUUAUACGCAGAGUACGGAGUAGUACGGCCAUAUGUCCGGAGUUUGGGAAUGCUGGCGCUGGGACAGUGUUUCAUCUUGGCACUGCGCCAUUGAAGCUGGUGAUGAAUUAAGAUGAGUGUUGUCUUCAUAAUUA